ACACCAUCCCCCCGAGCAAAGCGAAAGCUUGAAAGAGAAUCAAUCGUGCUAUUCAGACUAGCAAGCCAUUGGACAGAGAGCGAAGCCGGACACAAAAAGUCGCUGGCUCAUAUGGGAGUCGAACUCAUCCCGACAGCCCAUGUCAUCCCUAGCUACUGUCGUCCAUGCACGGACCUUCUGUAUCAACCAACGGCUUCGAACAGCCUCGAGCGAUGUCAUUCGAUCAUUAUGCCCUCGGCUUCCAUUUUUUAUUUCCCCAUGGAUGUUAUUCGACAAACCGUUUCAUUCUUCUUGUUCUUUUUUUUACGGGCUUUGCCUCGGCAACCAUUCUGGAUGCUCGUAUCAUCAUGCCAGGUGUCAACUACGUCUCGUCUUCCCUAAAUCGGACCAAGCGUAAAUGGUCUGUUCAGGCAGAUGAAGAAGCCUAUCCUCGUAUACCCUCUGGUUACAUCAGAAGAAAGCCUAGGGGUAUGUUCGCAUACCUAAAACCGCCACCGCCACUCUUGGGCGAGGAAAACGAUCAACAUGUUCAACAGGAGGAAGGGCAAACACAGGAAGAGCACCUUGAACGACCCCAAGCAAGCGAGAAAAACGAUAAUCCGAUUAUUCAGCCAAAAGACAAGUCACAGUCCAUAGACUUUGGAUUCUCCUGGGCAGUUCCUUUUAUGCCUGCCCAACAGAAGGUGGAGAAACCUUUCGGGAACAAUGAUAAAGCACAUACUUCAAGAAAAAAUUCAUUUCUUCCUGGUGCCCAUCACCUGCCGUGGUUUAUGACCUGGGAUAACAACACCUGGCCGGGAAAAACAGGAGACCACUUGAUGGAAUGCGAAGAGGAGCCCCAACACUAUCAUUCAACUAUCUCCUCUCCAGAUCGUCGAGUACGCAAGAUUCUUGCAAAGAACAACGUAUUCCAGCUCGAUUUAUCGUUGCGCCCAUCCCAAUCGCGUACAUAUUCUCCCUACAAAAGACAAAGGGACUUGGAUUCGAAAGGCAAAUACUAAUAAUAGUCCCAUGUUUGUCGUAUUUAAAGUCGCUAACACGCACCCUGCAUCGCCAUAAUGCAACAAAUAUC